AUGUACGGAUCAACAAGCUUUAACCGAGUUGCCAAUGACUACUUCAUGCACACAUCACAGAAGGCGGUGCCGGGAAUGAGAACGGUGUCGUGGCCGAUGGAAGUUGAUGAACAGGUGGCGCAUGAUCCCUCUGAGGAGAUGGCGAAAAAGGAGAAGUCACCCACCAAGUUUGCUGAGAAUGCAGUACACGCUAUCCCAUUUGUCUUACUUCUCUGUUAUUUUGUUCUAUGGUUGCUUUCUAAUCCAAAUUCGACUGUGGCGGCAAAAAUUGAAGGACUGACGAUGGAAGGAGACAUGGAUACAGAUCAUAGUGUGGACGGUACUCAAACCAGCAUAUUACCUGUGGAGUUAGGGGACAUGGACAAACCAGCAACCAAAUUUCCAAAGAAAGCUUUGAGAGGAAAUAUAUAUAGAACAUCUUUCAAGUGA